CUGCCUUACAAAGAUAGUUAUCAAAUGAUUAGUACAUACAUAUCUUAAACGAAAAUAAGUCUAUACUCGGUGAAAUUAACGAGUUUUAUGCAACAAACGCUAUGGAAGCACCAUUGAAAUUAGCAUUAUUUGCUGCAAUGUGCGGAUUACUUGGAGCAAUUCCAACAUACUUCAUGGACUUCAACUGCGGACAAACGAUUGACUUUACAUCGAAAGGGAUAUACGACAUGCGGCUGAAGUUGACAGCACUUUCUUCUUACAGGCCUAACAUGCAGUGCUCGUUGACAUUGGUGACCAGGAACAAUUCUUAUUUUAUGCUGUAUUUUAGGAAUUUGCAAAUCGAAUCAACGAUUGGUUGCGGCGACGACUGGUUAGAAGUACAUGACGGACCAACAACAAAGACGAGUCCGUACGUAAGUGGUCUUUCUGGUCGCCAAUGUGGCUACGGGAUAGGUGACUCAGUCUAUACGACCAAGGGACGAUAUUUGACGUUAUUUUUUGAAAGUGACGGUCAAUUCGGACUAAGCGGCUUUGAUAUGAUUCUGACACCGUAUCACGUAGGCAGCUGUUACUCCGACGAGUACCGAUGUCACAACGGGCGCUGUAUCUCCGAUCACUCAACGUGUAACGGGUACAACCCGUGUGGUGACAACUCGGACUGCUCCCUGGCUGCGGGGGCAAUAGCAGGAAUCGUCAUCGGCACGUUGAUAGGCUUCUCUUUAUGCAUUGCGUUUGUCGUCGUUUGUCGCAGGCGACGCCGGCACGCUUACAAUCACGUGACAGCAGUGGUGACACCAGGAGGGGGCUACGGUACACCGGUGGCAGGAUAUAGCCAGCCUGUCCAACAACCCUACCCCACGGGACCAGCGUACCCACCGCCUUCGUAUCAGUAAAUGUGAUAAAUGUGAAAAAGGACGCGUCGGGAAGAGAACAAGGCAUGGUGGCGGUUUGCAGACCGUAUUGGGAAUAUAACAGUGGUGUGAUGGUUUUUGUUUCAAAGAUACAGUAAAUCCGUUUAUAUGGUGUAUUUUAUGAGAAUUAAUUUCAGAAAUAUGUUAUAUUGUUGGAUGGUUUGACCUUACAAUUUUAAAAUUAGUCUAAUCACGAGCGUUGUUGGUGGUCAGUUCUGAAUAAUUCCUUUCUGUCAAAAAUAGUUUGUUUAUUACUCGUAUGAUUUCAAACAUUUCGUUUUAUAAUGUAUUUUCAUCAAGUAUUUGCUAUAUGUUAUUUCAGUAUUACAAUCUCUAUUAAAUGUUCCUUUUAUCGUAAACAAUAUUUUUAAAUCCAAUAAUGUUCGAGUACUGACUUUGUGUGUCAUCUAUGCAUUAAUAAAACACGAUAUUUCUGUU